UGUUGAGGUGGUCGCUCGUUACGCUAGUCCUUCCCAUUUUCAUUUUUGUAUCUGAAAUUGUUGCAUCCAUAGUGAAGUGUAUACACUUGUCCCUUUGCAUUUAGUACUGUUCCAGUUUUCAAACCCCACAUGUAUUUCCAGCACUGCUGAUUUUAGUGAGGAAAUGCUGCUGAAAACUACUCCUGCAUACUCUUUACUUUGAGUUGUAUGGACUUAGUUCCUCAAGAGUAAAAGUUACAACCUCUUAAAGAUAAACUUAGUAGAUUUAGUGUACAUUCUGCUUUAUUAGGCACUAAUAGUAAUAGGAAUGGAAGAAAAUGCAAAGGGAGGAGAUGGGUGGGGGAGGGGUGGUGAUAAUAGGCCUACAAAGAAAGGAAAAGGAGGGGAAUAUAAGAAGAUGUCAAUGGAAAAUAAGAAAUGUAGACUAGUAGAAUGAAAAGAUGGGAUGGAAAGAAGAAGAAUAAGUAGUAGGUCAAACCUCUUUUUCAAAGCUCAUCAUGUCUUAUACUGUUGUGGUGAUAAUGGCUGGAAUUUCUAUGUCUAUAUCUCAACAGGUCUCAAGGCAAAACAUGGUUGAGGUUCAAUGAUGAAAAAGAAAAGGAUCUUCAUAUUUGACAUGAUUCACAGGAAGUAAUAUGGCAUCCAAAUCAGCGGGCUUUUUGCCGCCUGGGCAGUCUGCUUCAUCAUCAGAGCAGACUGCCGAUGUCUUGAAGAGGCGUUUGGCAACGGCAGAAGAAGACACUCAGCAAUUGAUGCAACAGCUGGAAGAAAUGGGAUUCAAUACAAAAAGUGAUAAAGAUAGAUAUUCAGACCCAAAUGAUGGUAAAAAAUCUAAAAGUGGUUUGUCUAGCAAAGAUGUUAGUGAAAGUGCAUCAUUAUCUACAAAGUACAAAACGUCUCUGACAACAGAAUCUUCAUCUGGGCAGCAAAGAAACAGUCGAAAUCUCAGUGGGUCUGACAAAAGCUCAGGCAGCAAAAGUGCGAAACAUAGACCUAUUACACCUCUGUCUCUGAAAGGACUAGUUCCAGGGGCCUUUGAGGACUCAGAGUCAAAGAUGUAUGAAAAUUACGUCAUGAAACCGCCUCUAGCAAAGUCAACUGACAAUGGCAGUAAAAUUAGGCACAGAACAGAAGGAGCUGAUGGGAAGGUAUCUGCUGGGAGACAGGAGCUGGAACAAGAACUUAUUCGCAUGAAGCGUGUAGUAUCUCAACUACAAGAAGACUUGCAAUAUGAAACAGAGGGGAAGCAAAAAGCAAAGGAUGAGGUGGAAAAAAUGAAAUCAGCUGUAGAGGAAAUUUCAACCGCAAAAGCUGAGAUUGAGAUGAAGGUGGAAGAGCUGUCAUCCUCCAAACAGAAGUUGUCUCGACGUCUGAACGAGCUGAAGGAGGAGGCUUCGAGAGAGUCCAGUCUGCGUGCCAGUUUAGAGGAAUCUCACGCCACGUUGCUCACGAGGCUCCACGAUAUGGAGGCUGUCAUAGAAAAUCUACAGGGUGAAUGCAAGACACACUCAUCUAGCUCUUCUGGGCUGAAGGCUGAGAUGAUGAAACUGAAGGAAGAUCUCUCGAACGAGACCUCCAGGAGGCAGAGAUCAGAGGACAAUUAUCACAUUGUUAUCACAGAGAAAGACAAACUGAUGAUCAACGCCACCAGUCUGCAGACAGACAACCACCGAGCCUCCCAGGAGCUGAACAGGCUCCAGGCUCAGUACACUGACCUCAUCCGACAGCUGGAGCAGACGCAGACCAUAGUGGAUACGCUAUCGGCGAGUAAGAAAAGUCUGGAGGAGGAGAACGGUACGCUCCAAAGUCGUGUUCGCAGUCUGAGUGAUGAAUUUGAAAAACUGAAGAAACUUCAGGAAGAAACGAAAGAGUCUGAAACAAGGCUGGCAGCAGAGAAGAAUUCCCUCGAGGAAGACUUUUGCAGUACCCGGUCGGAGAAGGAGAAGUUUUCCUCGGAACUCCGAGAAAAGAAAAGAAAAAUGGAUUCUCUGGAGCACGAGCUGCGCACGACAAAGCAGAGCCUGAACCAGAAGAACCAGGAGUUCUCUGCGGCGGCCGACGGGCUGGAGGUGGAGUUAGCCACGCUCAAGUCUCAGCUGGAGGCCAUGGAGGGAGAGAAACAGCUGGUGCUGCGGGACAAGGAGAGUCUCCUGGAGGAGGGGCCCGUCGUUGUGUCUUUGGACAAACUGAUGAUCAACGCCACCAGUCUGCAGACAGACAACCACCGAGCCUCCCAGGAGCUGAACAGGCUCCAGGCUCAGUACACCGACCUCAUCAGGCAGCUGGAGCAGACGCAGACCAUAGUGGAUACGCUAUCGGCGAGUAAGAAAAGUCUGGAGGAGGAGAACGGUACGCUCCAAAGUCGUGUUCGCAGUCUGAGUGAUGAAUUUGAGAAACUGAAGAAACUUCAGGAAGAAACGAAAGAGUCUGAAACAAGGCUGGCAGCAGAGAAGAAUUCACUCGAGGAAGACUUUUGCAGUACCCGGUCGGAGAAGGAGAAGUUUUCCUCGGAACUCCGAGAAAAGAAAAGAAAAAUGGAUUCUCUGGAGCAUGAGCUGCGCACGACAAAGCAGAGCCUGAACCAGAAGAACCAGGAGUUCUCUGCGGCGGCCGACGGGCUGGAGGUGGAGUUGGCGACGCUCAAGUCUCAGCUGGAGGCCAUGGAGGGAGAGAAACAGCUGGUGCUGCGGGACAAGGAGAGUCUCCUGGAGGAGGUCAAUCAGACGGUGGACACUUUGAUGUCGGAGCGGUCGCGUCUGCAAACCGAGCUCCAGGCCAGCUGCGUCGAGGCGGAGUCGCUGCGAGCAACGUGCUCUCGUCUGGAACAAGACAAGGCCCAGCUGCUUGAGAGGCUAGGAGGUCUGCAGCAUCAGCAGACCACGCAGCGCAAGGUGGAGGAAACUCUCAACGAAAUGAUGGAGCAGAAAAACCGUCUGGCCUACGAGAACGGCAAGCUGCAGUCGACCAUUAACCAGCUGCGGCAGGACUUCGAUGAGGUGUCGCGAGAGCAAGGGGACAUCUCCCAGCUGCGAAGUCUCAGUCAGAGCUUGCAGGCCAAGUAUACGAAGGUGGAGGAUAUGGAGAGGAAGGACCUUGACAUGAGAGCAGCCAUCGAGAAGAGAGAGGAGGCGGAGAGAGAGAUGAGUAAAGUCAUGGGCCAGUUGGAGAUGUUGGAGGGAAGACAGAUGUAUAAGGUGAAUCACUAUGAGAAGAACAUGGAGGAGGCCAAGAGUGUGAACAAAGAAAUUGCCAGCACGCUUGAAGCAGUCAUGACCUCACACUCCCAGCUGCAGGUGAUUGUGGAGAAUCUUCAGGAGCAAAGAACAGGAUGAGCUGAGGCAGGAGCUGAAGGUUUUCGAGGAGAGGAUGGAUGGUUUGAAAGCAGAGCUGAAGAAGGAGAAGGAGAAAUCAAGCAGGAAAGCAGCUAAGGAAGUCUCCGAGGUGCGCAAACAGAGCGACAGUCUGUCGUGCCGGAACCAGGAGCUGGUCAAGAUCAACACGGAGCUGCGGCAGCGUCUUGGGGACAUGGAGAAGGAGAGGGAGGAGCUCAAGGGGAAGCUGUCGGGACAGCGGCACAAGAUGGAGUAUCUGCACAAGGCCAAGAAACAGCUGGAGGAUAACCUGAACAAGAUGAAGGCUGUGAGAGAGGACAUUGAAGAACUGGAGCGGAUGAGAGAUGAAUACAUGCAGAAAAACAGGGAUCAGGGUGACACCAUCAGCAAGUUCAUCAAUCAGAUUUCUUCUCUGCAAGACGAGAUGCGGCAACUGGCCCAGGCUCACACAAACGCCCAGCAGCUGUUGAAAUUGAAGGAGGAUGCGUUAGAGAAAGAGAGACGGAUCAGGGAUGAAAUGAAGAAAAAGUUCACGGAGAGUAAAAGGAAAGAAAUGGAACAGUUGAAGAAGUCUCAUAGCUCGGAUGAAAAGUUGCAAGAAGUUCACUCGGAGUCUUUGGAGGCACGUGCAGGCAAAGCUGGAGAGGGAAAACUUGGACCAGAGAAAAUCUCUGGAGGAGGAGCGGUCAAAAGCGCAGGACGCAGCAGAAAGAGCCAAGGAAAUGAUACAGACAAGCCGUCAGACAAUCAGCCGGCUGGCAGACUACGCAGAGAUGGCAGACGUGGACACAAAGCAGCAGCUGGCCCAGCUCAGGGCGGGGCUCCAGACACCGCUGGCCUCAAG